AUGGCCACCUCUACGACCGUUUCCAAGUCAGACUCCCAGACUCUGGAAACAGGCAUGGCAAGGCGUCAUGCUCUUCGUGUGGUGCGUCGCGUCAGGAGCGAUCCGGACUGGUGCCUCUUGGUCCGGACGUCAGAGCGCUUCAAAGUCGACAUGAGCACCAGCAUCGCCACCAUGCGUUAUGACUACGCUCAUGAAUCAAUCGUUUACAGAGGUAGUUUAUAG